AUGGAGGAAUCUCCGCCUAAGCCGUGGCAGCAGCAGCAGCAGCAACCACUGGCGCUGCCCUUCACCUUCAGCAGCAACAACUUGCCUGCUGCUAGCCCGACUGCAGCAGCAACGCCUGCUGCUGCUGCUGCACCUGACAGCAGCAGCACGGGCGUUGCCUUGUACGAGCAGCAGCCCCGUGCAGCAGCAGCAGCAGCAGCAGAUGCCUCUCUAUAUGCAGCAACUCAUGGGGCCCCCAGCUACGAGGGGGGCCCCCUGGGGCCCUUCUAUGCAGCAGGAACAGGGUACUAUGGGGCCCCCUACGGGGGUUAUGGCAGUUGGACAUAUGGGGGAUAUGGUGGCCUUGCUGCUGCUGCUGCUGCUGCUGCUGCUGCCCCACACGUCCUCGGCCUGCAGAAGCAGCAGCUGCUGCAGCAGCUGCUCCCUGAUGUCUGCUUGCCCGAUGACCAGUGCAGCACCGCAGACAGCGCCAGCAGCAGCACCACCAGCAGCAGAAACAGCAGCAGCAGCAGCACCAGCACUACCAGCAGCAGCAGUGGGGAUGAAGCCGAGCAGCAAAAUGGCAGCUUCGAGGUCGAGGCCUUGUCCACAAGACAGGCUUUGUUGAGACUUGUAGAGAGAAUCAGGAGGCUGGCGCUGCUGCUGCUGCUGCUGCUGGCCCUCAACUUGCUGCUGCUGUACCGGAGGAGGCAGCGGAGAAGAAGUCCUUGA